GCUGGGCUCAAUUAAGCACUACACUGAGCUGUUGAAAAAUGAAUAAGUGCAUAAAGCAAAAGUAAUGAAUAGACAUAAAGCAAAAGAUACUUGCCUCAAUUAUUCAACUUUUUGAAAAGAAAAAAGAGGAAAGUUUUACUUCUUGUUUGCAAAUUACUCUUAGCAUUCAACAGAUUUGAGAAAUGGAGAUUGGGUUAGCAGUUGGUGGUGCAUUUCUCUCCUCAGCUUUGAAUGUUCUCUUUGAUAGGCUUGCUCCUAACGGUGAUCUGCUCAACAUGCUUCGGAAGCAUACAGAUGAUGUUGAGCUCUUUGAGAAGCUGGGGGACAUUUUGCUUGGUCUUCAAAUUGUGCUAAGUGAUGCAGAGAAUAAGAAAGCAUCAAAUCAAUUUGUGAGCCAGUGGUUACAUAAGCUUCAGACUGAUGUGGGCGCUGCUGAAAACUUGAUAGAACAAGUCAAUUAUGAAGCUUUGAGGCUUAAAGUGGAAACAAGCAACCAGCAAGUAAGUGACCUUAACCUGUGCUUGAGUGAUGAUUUCUUUCUUAACAUAAAGAAGAAGUUGGAAAACACUACUAAAAAACUGGAGGUGUUGGAAAAGCAAAUUGGUCGCCUUGGCUUAAAAGAACAUUUUGUUUUGACUAAACAAGAAACUAGAACACCUUCAACUUCUUUGGUUGAUGAUUCUGCUAUCUUUGGAAGGAAGAAUGAAAUAGAGAAUUUGGUUGGCCGCUUGUUGUCUAUGGAUACUAAGGGAAAAAAUCUGUCUGUAAUUCCUAUUGUUGGAAUGGGCGGCCUGGGUAAGACAACACUUGCUAAAGCCGUUUACAAUGAUAAGAGAGUGCAGAAACAUUUUGGUUUGACAGCUUGGUUUUGUGUUUCUGAGGCAUAUGAUGCUUUCAGAAUAACAAAAGGUUUACUUCAAGAAAUUGGCUCAACUGACUUGAACGCUGAUGACAAUCUUAAUCAGCUACAAGUCAAAUUGAAAGAAACGCUGAAUGGAAAAAGGUUUCUUGUUGUCCUUGAUGACGUGUGGAAUGAUAACUAUCCUGAGUGGGAUGACUUGAGAAAUCUUUUUUUACAAGGGAAUAUAGGAAGUAAGAUUAUUGUAACGACACGUAAAGAGAGUGUUGCCUUGAUGAUGGGUAGUGAGGCAAUCUACAUGGGAAUUCUGUCUAGUGAAGACUCUUGGGCUCUAUUCAAACGACAUUCAUUAGAGCACAAGGAUCCCAAGGAACAUCCAGAAUUUGAAGAGGUUGGAAAACAAAUUGCAGACAAGUGCAAAGGGUUGCCUUUAGCUCUAAAAGCACUUGCUGGUAUGUUACGCAGCAAAUCAGAGGUGGAUGAGUGGAGAGACAUUUUAAGAAGUGAAAUAUGGGAGCUUCCAAGUUGUUCGAAUGGUAUAUUACCAGCACUAAUGUUGAGCUACAAUGAUCUUCCUGCACAUUUAAAGCAGUGUUUUGCUUAUUGUGCAAUAUAUCCCAAAGAUUAUCAAUUUCGCAAAGACCAAGUUAUUCACCUGUGGAUUGCUAAUGGUCUUGUACAUCAGUUUCAUUCUGGUAACCAAUACUUUAUCGAGUUGAGAUCAAGAUCAUUGUUCGAAAUGGCCUCAGAGCCUUCUGAAAGAGACGUAGAGGAAUUCUUAAUGCAUGACCUUGUCAAUGAUUUGGCGCAAAUUGCAUCUUCAAAUCUUUGUAUAAGGUUGGAAGAUAACAAAGGAUCGCGUAUGUUGGAACAAUGUCGGCACAUGUCCUAUUCAAUAGGAGGAGAUGGUGAGUUUGAGAAAUUGAAAUCACUCUUUAAAUCAGAGCAGCUGAGGACAUUACUUCCAAUCGGUAUCCAGUUCCAUUACUCAAAACUAAGCAAGAGGGUGUUGCUUGACAUACUGCCUACACUAAGAUCCUUGAGGGUACUAUCAUUGUCUCAUUACAAUAUUAAGGAGUUGACAAAUGACUUGUUUAUCAAAUUAAAGCUCCUCAGAUUUUUGGACCUUUCUUGUACAUGGAUUACAAAGUUGCCGGAUUCCAUUUGUGGAUUGUAUAAUUUGGAGACACUUCUCCUGUCAUCUUGUGGUUAUCUUAAGGAGUUACCGCGGCAGAUGGAUAAGUUGAUUAACUUGCGUCAUCUUGACAUAAGCAACACUCGGCGCUUGAAGAUGCCACUACAUCUGAGCAGGUUGAAAAGCCUCCAAGUGUUGGUGGGAGCCAAGUUUCUUCUAGGUGGUUGGAGAACGGAAUAUUUUGGUGAAGCACAAAACUUAUAUGGAUCUCUAUCAGUUGUGAAGUUGGAAAAUGUGGUUGAUAGAAGGGAAGCUGUGAAGGCAAAGAUGAGGGAGAAGAAUCAUGUUGACAAGUUAUCAUUGAAGUGGAGUGAAAGCAUUAGUGCUGACAAUUCACAAACAGAAAGAGACAUACUUGAUGAGCUACGCCCACAUAAAAACAUUAAAGAAGCUGUAAUCAGUGGAUACAGAGGGACAAACUUUCCAAAUUGGGUAGCUGAUCCUUCGUUUGUUAAGCUGGUGAAUUUGUCUCUUAGAAACUGCAAGAACUGUUAUUCCUUGCCAGCACUAGGACAACUCCCUUGUUUGAAAUUUCUUUCCGUUAAAGGGAUGCAUGGAAUAAGAGUGGUGACGGAAGAAUUCUAUGGCAUAUUGUCGUCCAAAAAGCCUUUUAACUGUCUUGAGAAGCUUGAAUUUGAAGAUAUGCCUGAGUGGAAGCAAUGGCACACACUAGGAAUUGGAGAGUUCCCUACACUUGAGAACCUUUUAAUUAAAAAUUGCCCUGAACUCAGUUUGGAGAUGCCCAUCCAAUUUUCAAGUUUAAAAAGGUUUAGGGUCGUUGGUUGUCCAGUUGUUUUUGAUGAUGCUCAACUGUUUAGAUCCCAACUUGAAGCAAUGAAGCAGAUUGAAGCAUUAUAUAUCAGUGGUUGUAACUCUGUUACCUCCUUUCCUUUUAGCAUAUUGCCAACUACCUUGAAGAGAAUAGAGAUAUCUGGUUGUCCAACAUUGAAAUUGGAGGCGCCAGUUGAUGAGAUGUUUGUGGAGUAUUUGAGUGUGUAUGAUUGUGAUUGUGUAGAUGAUAUAUCACCUGAGUUUCUCCCAACAGCACGUCAUUUGAUUAUUUGGGAUUGCCACAACGUUACUAGGUUUUUAAUUCCUUCUGCCACUGAAACUCUCACUAUUCAGAAUUGUGAGAAUGUUGAAAAACUAUCAGUGGCAUGUGGAGGAGCGGCCCAGAUGACGUCACUGAAUAUUUUGGAGUGUAAGAAGCUCAAGUGUCUGCCAGAACGUAUGCAGGAACUCCUUCCAUCUCUCAAGGGACUGAAUCUGUCUGAUUGUCCAGAAAUAGAAGGAGAAUUGCCCUUCAAUUUACAAAAACUCUAUAUCAGAAAUUGCAAGAAACUGGUGAAUGGCCGAAAGGAAUGGAAUUUACAGAGACUCAUAGAGUUAUGGAUCUAUCAUGAUGGGAGUGACGAAGAUAUUGAACAUUGGGAGUUGCCUUCCUCUAUUCAGAGACUUACCAUAUACAAUCUGAAAACAUUGAGCAGACAACAUCUCAAAAGCCUCACCUCUCUUCAAUAUCUACUUGUUCAUCUACAACCACCAAAGAUUCAGUCACACGGCCAGCUUUCCUCCUUUUCUCACCUCACUUCGCUUCAAACUCUACAAAUCCGUAAUCUCCCACUUGCUGAAUCAGCACUUCCCUCCUCCCUCUCUCACCUGACCAUCUCCCAUUUCCCUAAUCUCCAAUCACUUGUUGAAUCAGCACUGCCCUCCUCCCUCUCUCACCUGACCAUCUCCCAUUUCCGUAAUCUCCAAUCACUUGCUGAAUCAGCACUGCCCUCCUCCCUCUCUCACCUGACCAUCUCCCAUUGCCCUAAUCUCCAAUCAAUUGCUGAAUCAGCACUGCCCUCCUCCCUCUCUCACCUGACCAUCUCCCAUUGCCCGAAUCUCCAAUCAAUUGCUGAAUCAGCACUGCCCUCCUCCCUCUCUCACUUGACCAUCUCCCAUUGCCCGAAUCUCCAAUCAAUUGCUGAAUCAGCACUGCCCUCCUCCCUCUCUCAGCUGACCAUCUCCCAUUGCCCGAAUCUCCAAUCACUUGCUGAAUCAGCAUUGCCCUCUUCCCUCUCUAAACUAUGGAUUUCAGAAUGUCCAUUGCUCAAACCACUACUAGAAUUUCACAAGGGGGGAUACUGGCCACAAAUUGCUCAUAUCCCCACCAUAAAGAUCGAUUGGGAAUGCAUGUAAUGAUUAAAACGAAUGGCUCCCCAACUGAUGUCUGUUGUUAUAGGCAAGUCUUUGAGAUGCGACUAUCAAAGAAGGGCGAUUAAAAUCAGUGUACCGCUGAUAUUAUUUCAUGUUUCCAGUGCAAGCCUCUUUUGUAAGUUGACAAACUCGAUUAGUUAAUAUGUUUGGGACUCAACUAGUGGUUAGAGUACUCAUUUUGUAAGAUUUGUGUACAGAAAAUCAAAUUAGAAUUAUAACUCGUGAUGGUUGAAUAAACUCCAAAGAAGUACUAAUAUAUUUUUAUAGUGGAUAUGUUGUUUGCUCAUUCGGUGCUUGAUAUCCACAUUGGAGUCCAA